AGUCACUUCCGGGCUGGGGUGUUUAUUUGGACUGGAGAAGGGAGGCGGCGGGCGAAGCGCACGUCGAGCGGGGAAGCGGCGCUGCCUGUGGAGAUCCGCGGAGGCAGAUAGGAUUCGUUAGCUGCCGUCCCCGCUGCCGUGCACUGGGUUAAAAACGACAACUGACGCCAACCAUGAAAGAUCCAAGUCGCAGCAGUACUAGCCCAAGCAUCAUCAAUGAAGAUGUGAUUAUUAACGGUCAUUCUCAUGAAGAUGACAAUCCAUUUGCAGAGUACAUGUGGAUGGAAAAUGAAGAAGAAUUCAACAGACAAAUAGAAGAGGAGUUAUGGGAAGAAGAAUUUAUUGAACGCUGUUUCCAAGAAAUGCUGGAAGAGGAAGAAGAGCAUGAGUGGUUUAUUCCAGCUCGAGAUCUCCCACAAACUAUGGACCAAAUCCAAGACCAGUUUAAUGACCUUGUUAUCAGUGAUGGCUCUUCUCUGGAAGAUCUUGUGGUCAAGAGCAAUCUGAAUCCAAAUGCAAAGGAGUUUGUUCCUGGGGUGAAGUACUAAAAUAUUUGAGUAGUCGGGGGGCCCUCUUUUGGUGGAUGUAGCACAAUUCCCACACUGUGAAGGCAGUAUUAGAAGACUUAAUUGUAAAAGCUCUCUCUUGUCACUGUGUUACACUUAUGCAUUGCCAAAGUUUUUGUUAGUCUUGCAUGCUUAAUAAAAGUGCUGAGACUGUUAUUAAGUAAAAAGCUGUCAAACAUUUACUGAAACUAGAAUUGGUCCCAUGGCUUGAUGUGAAGACAGCAAGGAAAGAAGCACCAGUCAGAUUGUGAAAAAGCACCAAAUUAAAAGACCUCUAAAUCUUAUUAAAUUGUUGUCUUUGAGUCUAAACUGGUCCCUUAGUAUUAAAUAAAAGAUGUUCAUGUGUAAACUUUUUUCAAAUAAGUAAAUUUAAAGUAAGUUCUAAUUGUUAAGCAGAUUUCUCAAUUCAGACUCAAAUUUACAUUUAUACUCAUCAAAAAGAAUCUUUUUCUGAAGGUCUGUAAGUUAAUUUGAGGUAAUUUGUUAUAGACAAGCAUGUGAUAACUAAGGUUACAAGAUAGUGAUCAGAUGAGCACUAGUCGUGGUUUUUCUGGUAUGUUAUCAUGUUAGGAAUACUGAAUUCUGCUAAUGUUACAUCUGAGGAAGUAUGUGAUUUGAGGAUUGCAUGUUCUUCUGAGGAUUCACUGUAUCAUAGUUACACCUAUGGAGUCCACAGGCCUAUGACCAACACCAGUCCAUAAUCCAAUUGAACAAAGAUAUUGUAACAUGAUUUGAGUGGUGCUUUUCCUUGCUUUGUUAAUUAUCACGACAAUAGUCUGCAGCACAACUUUUCUUUUAACAAAGCUAGAAGAGUUUUUGGCUUCUUAAACUUCAUAUUUGGAUAGGUUAAGCUGCCAUACGUGUUCAGUGUGAAUAGUGUUUAAGUUGAAAAUAUUGUAAAAAAAUUAUAUUUUUUCAAAAAUAUUUAAAAAAAUAAAUAAUAGUAGAACUGA